UUAGAAAUUGAAGCAACUUGCAACAAGGCUUGUAACUGUCCUAGUAAUAUUCCAUUUGUUCCCGUAUGUGACAGAAAUGGAAUUAAUACCUUUUACUCUCCUUGUCAUGCAGGGUGUACAAAUGUAGAGUACAUAGAUGAUAUUAAGUUAUAUAAUGACUGUAAGUGUCUCAAAUAUGAAAGAAAGGCAAAAUCUGGAGCCUGCAGUUAUUCAAAUUGUACAUCAAAGUGGGUGGUCUUUCAAUCUCUAGGAGUAUUUAUUUCUGGACUUGUGGGAACAUGUGUUGUUGGAAGUGUACUCUUGUGCUUUAGAAGUGUAGCAGUUCAAGAUAAAAUGCAUGCAAUUGCAUUUGUCAUUGCACACAUUGGUGCCACUCAUCUUCCAGGAAAAUUUCUUUUCAAAUUUGUAACUGAGGCAACAUGUAUUUAUUGGGGUGGUGAAUAUCAGUGUCAGCUGUUUGAUGCUUCAGAUCUUGCCUUAUGGUUCAAUCUAGUUUGUGGAAUUUUACUGCUUUUUGCAGUUCUAUUUGGAUUCCUUGCAUGGCGCCACAGCAAAGAUAUAAAGCUUUUCAAAGAUACACUUGAUGACCCAGAUACUAUAGAACUGAAUGAAAUAAGACAAAAGCUAAAUGCUCGCCUGGCUACACCAUUUACAAGACGGCGGAGAAGAAAUAAACAUGAGGAUAACUCAUCAGAAGAACAAUCUGAUGAUGAACCAAGAAUCACAGAUAAUGUACAAAAUCACAGGGGAGUUGCAGAAACUGAAGUACUUCAACCUCUUCGACCACGUCGACAAAGAACAGAAAGUAAUGAAAUUCAACAAAGUGAAAAUGAUCACAGAACAGAAAAUAUUGUUGCAGAAGCAGAAGUUCUUCAACACCUCCAACCUCUUCAACCACAUCAACAAAGAAUAGAAAGCAAUGACUUUCAACAAAGUGCAAAUGAUGUACAAAGAACAGAAAAGAAUGCUAUUCAACAAAGUGAAGAUGAUGAAGAAAGUGAAAAUAAUGAAAGUGACAAUGAUGAAAAUGUAAGAAAAGAACCAAGUCAAAAUAAUAAUAAUAGAAUCUGGCGUGCAACUGUGGUCUAG